UUUCUCUCUCUCUCUCGCUCUGUCUUUCUCUAGCUCUCUCGCUCUUUCUCUAUCUCUCUCUCUCUUCUCCCUCUCUCCACCUCUCCUCUGCUACUGGGGGUUUCUCCAAGCUUAUCAAACCUGGGUAAGCCAGCCCUCGAUCACACGGAAGGGCUUUCACCAGCAGCCCCAGCACACACACAUACAUACACAUACAGACUCAGCACCGCUCCCCUCACACAUACAGCAAGGAGUGGAGGCAGCAGGCAGGAUUUCUGUGUCAUCAUCACCAGCACCAGCGAUUCACAAUGAGACUCUGUGUGAGCACCAAGGGAAGGACCAACACAGGUAGACAACUCCCUCAGACAACUCACUCAACAGGUCAAACUUAACCAACCUGACCUAUGACCUCUGCCCAGAAAAAUAGACGCACUCCCACUAACCAUUUGAAACACAAAAUCACAUGAGAGGGAGAGAACACAGCAGACAUGAAAAAGAUAUAUAUCGGCAAAACGGCACUAAAAGUCUCCCGAAAUGGCAGUAAACAUCAGAAAAAGAGCUCUUUGCAGGAACAGAAAGAGGACCUCCGGAAGCGUCUGUCCUACACCACCCACAAACUGGAGCUGUUAGAGAGCGAGUUUGACUCCACCCGACAGUACCUGGAGACAGAGCUACGCCGUGCCCAGGAGGAACUCGACAAGUUCACCGACAAACUACGCAGAAUACAAAGCAGCUACUCAGCACUGCAGAGGAUCAACCAGGACCUGGAGGAUAAGAUCCAUAGAAAUUCUCAGCACCAUGACAACGAGAAGAGAGCCCUGAGCAGAGAGAUCAUCGUGCUCAACAACCACCUGAUGGAGGCCAAGCUGACCAUUGGAAAACUACAAGAGGACAAUGACCUGUACAGGAAGGACUGUAACCUGGCCGCCCAGCUGCUCCAGUGCAACAAGUCCCAUUAUAGGACCCAGCUUUCUGAGUUGCCUGCUGAAUUCCAGGAACGAGUGACCAUGCACAUGGAUGGCUCACCUCUUUGCCACACCGUCUACGCUGACUCUGUCCCCGCCUCCGUCAUCGCCAAGGUAUUGGAGAAGCCCGACGAGGCCUGCAGGGGCAGCCAAGCUUCCAGCUCGCCUAGCCCCCAGCCCCAGGACCAAGGCUUCCUCCUGGACACCCUGGACAGAGUCGAGCGCCUGGGCCUCCGGGCAGCAUACAAGUCAGACCUGUACAGCAGCGACACAGCCCUCUAUUGCCCGGUCGAUCAGAACCGCGAACGCAGGCCAAGCAUGGACGUCCACAGCCAGAGGAAGCUGCUCUACGGCCCCCAGAACUCCACGGACAGUAACCCAGAGGAGGGUACCAUGUUGGGGCUGAGGUCUGGCUUCUCCCAGGAGUGCUUCGCCAAGUUCCCCACCUCUCUGGGCCCCACCUCAGGCAGCUCCUACUCCAGCUUCAGCGGAGGGGGCUCAGAUGACAACAAAGGCAAUGGCCCCCCCAGCAGCACAGCCUCCUCUCCCCACCACCACUCCCUCUACAUGGACUGGAGGGAUGGGGGAGACUAUGAGAGAAAGAGCGACUCCUCCUGGGAGAAGGACAGUCCCAGCGGUGGAGGCUUCGCCAAGGUCCACGCCGUCUUCCAGCAGGCCGGCGAUCAUGGUGGAGCACACCACCAGAAUGGCAGCUCACCCGUCUACAGCCGCACCAUGUCCUCGUGCUUCAGCGAGCCCUACGAACCCCUCCCUCCCUCCUCCUCACCAAGCGUUGCCUACGGAGACAGCCGCCGCGGCAGCACGCUGGCACCAGAGGAGGAGGAGCCGAUUGGCCGCUGGAGGCAGCUGAGCGCAGAGGAUCUAAACUCCCACUCGUACUGCUCGCCCGGUCGGGCCUCGCCCUACAGCUUCUCCGAGCAGCACUUCUCAGUUCGGCCCGCCAAGAUCCGCCUUGGACCCCUCUACAGCAGCUUCCAGGAGGGGCCCGACUACUACCAGGGAGGGGUAGGACCCAUCAUGGACCCCCCGGCGUGCUUCUCCACGCCCAGCCCCGAGUGCAGCCCUGUGGGGGGCCUCCGUCAGUCCCAUCAGUCCCACAACCAGCAGGCCCACCAGACCCAUCUCUACCGGGCCAAGGAGGACAGCCAGGAGUCGGAGCCCAGCCUUUACCACUCAGGGAGCCCCAAAAACAGGGAGGGCAGCUUUGAUGUGGCGGGGGCCGGGGGAGGAGUGGGACAGACCAAGGAUUACGUGGACAUCAGCCCCAACAGCUCCAAUGAGUCCCUAAACCAGAGGUCCCUGGAGAUGGCUGCCGAACUGCAGCAGCACUACCAGUCCGAGAUGCAGCCGCCUUCGCCCCCCCAGGGCAGUCCACCACCGCCCCCGCCACCACCUUGUCCCCCUCCACCGCAGUAUCACAAUUUUGGCACAUUGGGACUUUCCAGAAAGGACAGUCUCACCAAAGCCCAGCUGUAUGGAACACUUCUGAACUGAGAGAAGAAGGUAUUCUGACUUACUGGUCACUCUCUUUUUAUCCAUCUCUUUCCCUGGUGGGAUGUGAGGUGAGAAGUCUUGGUGAAUCUAGCAGAACAUAUUGAUUAGUGUGAGGCUAGCCAGUUGUUCAGUUUAAGGACAUCCAUUUUGAAAGGACAGUUGGAAGAUACAGUAAUUAAGCAUGAAUUUAUCAGAUUGUUGCCACAGCUGUGAAAAACUGACAAACUAGUGGUUCACAUCACUACAAUGAAUGUGUAAGUUUGUCUGGAUCAGGUGAAUUGACAAUUCAUUAUUGUGCCAAAUGAGUGGGGACUGUAGGAAAAGACUUUGCUACCUUUGGUACAUAAAAUAGUCGUUGGAGGUACCAGAGACCAGUUGUUCCAUGUGCUGUACACAAAGCACAGUGAGCUUGUAGACAAAGGAAAUAUUUAAAGUAACUGUUGAAAUAUAUUCAUAUAUUUAAUUACAACAACAAAAAUGUAAUAGAAAUGACUACAAUUCAAUCAGGUGUGGGCAGCAACACAUUGUAAAUAUGUCUGGUUAAGAGCAUCUGCCAAUCAAAGAGAGAUACUCGGGGGGGCUCUAUUCAAUCUUUAAAGAUUCCGCCAUAGAAAUGUAAAGGUCAAUUCCGAUUGACCCGACAUACGCAGCGUUUAGCGUGAAUGCAGCCUCCCUUAAAGCGGGAACAUUGCCUUUGAAUUUCAAUCACGCUUUAAAGCUGAACUUCCUCAAUGUGGAUUGAAUAGAGUCCUCAGAAUGUUGAAGAUUCAGAGGACUGUCUAAACUACAAUUAUAGAUUUGUUUAUUGUCAAUCACAGGCUGAAAACUGUGCUGCAUUUAUGCAGAGUAAAAUAUGUAUGACCAAUGGGGUAUCCGGGUAAACGUUGCAGUACUAUACUGUAAAGGGCCUGGGGAAUGGGUUAAAGUUGCAGCACUAUACAGUAAAGGGCCUGGGGAAUGGGCUAAAGUUGCAGCACUAUACAGUAAAGGGCCCGGGGAAUGGGUUAAAGUUGCAGCACUAUACAGUAAAGGGCCCGGGGAAUGGGCUAAAGUUGCAGCACUAUACAGUAAAGGUCCUGGGGAAUGGGUUAAAGUUGCAGUACUAUACAGUAAAGGUCCUGGGGAAUGGGUUAAAGUUGCAGCACUAUACAGUAAAGGGCCUGGGGAAUGGGCUAAAGUUGCAGCACUAUACAGUAAAGGGCCCGGGGAAUGGGUUAAAGUUGCAGCACUAUACUGUAAAGGGCCUGGGGAAUGGGCUAAAGUUGUAGUACUAGGUGUUUUUACAAAAAAAUAUAGAUGCCCCUAGGCUGAAUCCAUUUCAGUGCAGCUCUGUACACUCAUUCAGUUUUUGCUUUGACAUGAUUUAAACAUUUCCAGAGCACUUAAUGUAGGUAUUAUUUUGUUAACAAUGGACUUCUUUUGAGAUGUAAACAUUUGUCGUACCCGUUGAUACUAUUUUUUCUCUAUAACCUUUGGAUAAGUUUUCCUGUCCCACUCUACCUCAGAUUCUCAUCCUCAUGCCCCCAUCAAGCAACUGCAUGCUUGUUACUAUCACACCAUGAUGCAUGUUUCUAUAUUUCUGUUGUGUUUCUUUUAACCUAAUAAAGCACAAACUACGCAUUUUGAUGCUCCAA